UUCGUGGAACCCUUGGUGAUUGACACGUGUUCUGUCUAGGGAGGGGAAGUUGUUUCAGGGAACAAGGGAAGUGGAAGCUUUCGGUGACAGUGCAUCAAAAAAGCGAUUUAACAAAUUUGAUCUUUUGAAUCACUUUUGAUCCGACACUUCAUUAUGAUGGCCACCAAGAAACGUCUCCUGCUUAUUUCCAACUCCACACUACAUGGAGGGGGAUAUCUGGGGCACUGCCAGGACCAUAUCAAAAAGUUUUUAGGGGAACAAAUCAAAAGGGUCCUUUUCAUUCCGUAUGCGCUCCAUGACAGAGAUGCUUAUGCGAAAAUGGCAAGACAGAAGUUUGAAAGCCUGGGUUAUGGUCUGGAUAGUGUUCAUGAAGUUCCCAACCCAGUAUAUGCUGUCCAACAAUCUGAAGCCAUCUUUAUUGGUGGUGGUAACACUUUUCGGCUCUUGAAGGCUCUGUACGAUAAUGAUUUGAUUUCUGCUAUAAGGAGUAAAGUGUUUGAGGAUGGGGUGCCAUACAUUGGGUCCAGUGCUGGUACAAAUGUGGCUACAAUCAGCAUUCACACCACCAAUGACAUGCCAAUUGUGUACCCACCCUCUCUACAUGCUCUAGGUUUGGUGCCUUUCAACAUAAACCCUCAUUAUCUGGAUCCAGAGACCAAUAGCAAGCAUAUGGGGGAAACACGGGAACAGAGGAUUUCCCAAUACCAUGAAGAACCCAAUACUCCGCCUGUACUUGGUCUGCGAGAAGGUAGUAUGCUCUUAGUGGAAGGUAACAAAGCGACUCUCCUCGGUGUUACAGGAGCACGCUUAUUUUUAAGAGGGAAACCUCCAUCUGAACAUGAACCUGGACAAGACUUCAGUUUUCUACUGAUGCAGAGCUAAUGUCAAGCAGAGAAGAUACACUCAUGUACUACAACCUGAAUUUGCCAAAUAAUACAUCCUCUCUAACAGUCCAAACCUUUUUCUUGUACUGUUUGGACAUUUUUCAAUAAAUAAAAAGGUUUGUUGCUUUA